AAAAAGGAGAAAGAAAAGAGAUGGAAAGAGGAAGAAGGAAGAGAGAGAAAGAAAACAAAAUAAAGUAGUGUCAUCACCUCUCUCUCUCAUCCAACCUUGUUCUUCACUCAUACAUCUCUCCUCGGACUCCCCCUCCCCUCCUUUCUUGUUUCUUCUUCUCUGCCCAAACCCUGCUUAUUUUAUAUCUGUGGUCUGUCCAACUACAAAACUCUGUAAGAAGGAAGAGCUAAGAAAGCUGAGAGAGAGGGAAAAACAAAAACAUCAUGGAAAAUUCUCCAAGACGUCAAGAUAGAGAGAAGCCUUCUGUCCUAACCUCCCCAAACAGCAACAGCAGCAACAGUAGCACCAGUAGCAGCAGCAAUAGCAAUGGAGUUCAGCUCCCCUUAACGCCAAAAACCAUAUGCAGAUCUGAAACCAAUGCGUACCCAACAACCUUCAUCCAAGCAGACACCUCUUCCUUCAAACAAGUAGUCCAGAUUCUCACCGGAUCAUCAGAGACGGCCAAACAAGCGUCCAAGGCCACCGUCGACCCACCAUCCAAAAGCCCCAUACCGCCCAUGAAGACCGGCCCGAAGAAACAAGGAUUUAAGCUUUACGAGAGGAGGAACAGUCUCAAGAAUCUGAAGAUCAGUCCUUUGAUGCCUGGGUUGAUCCAGAAUUCUGGGUUUUCGCCGCGGAAGCCAGAGAUCUUGUCACCUAGUCUGCUCGAUUUUCCUUCCCUUGUUCUCAGCCCGGUUACACCGUUGAUCCCAGACCCGUUUAACAGGUCUCCUACUCCUUAUGCCGACAAUUCUAUCAGUAAUUCCUUAGCAGAAGAGAAAGCGAUUGCGGAAAAGGGGUUCUAUUUGCAUCCCUCGCCUAUUACGACUCCAAGAGACUCCGAGCCCCGGCUUUUGCCGCUCUUUCCGGUGACAUCCCCCAGAGUUUCAGGUUCCUCUUCUUGAAAAGAUGUAGUUUUUGUAAGCGCAUAUCGCAACUGAUGAGGAGAACAUUAAUGGGUCAUGAUUUUUCUGCAGAGAAAAAUUGAGAUCUUGUAUCAAUUGUACAAUUUGAUCUCAAACUUAUCCUUCCCCUUCUUUUUCUUCUUUUUCUUCUUUUUUUUCUGUAAUUUCUUUUCUUAUCUUCUUUUUAUAAUCUAUUCUUCUCAUUUUCCUUUUUGCAUGUUUGUCAAUGAGACCCAUCAACACGAGAAGAAUCUGUGUUUGCCUUCUUCC